AUGGCUUUUCGGAAAUAUGUUCCGAGUAGUAAUGCAACUCCCGUCAAUAUUAAAUCCUUGAGUCUCCCCAAUAAGGAGAAUGUUAAAUCGCAUGAGGCAGAUUUGCAGAAUACACUCACUGAAGCUGAUGUGGAUAUUGACCUCAGAGAGGUGUAUUUUCUGAUUAUGCAUUUCCUCUCAACGGGACCCUGCCACAGGACUUAUGGGCAGUUCUGGAAUGAACUUCUGGAGCAUCAACUUUUACCUCGAAGAUAUCAUGCGUGGUAUUCACGCGGAGGCAUGCAUAGUGGAGAUGAAAAUGAUGAUGGCAUGUCUUUCCCCCUUAGUUAUAAUAAGUUGGUCGAAAGGUAUCCCCAUGUUGCAAAAGAUCACUUGGUAAAGCUUCUGAAGCAAUUAAUUCUAGGUGCAGUUGCUCCAUCGCGAGGUUUGGUUGGUGGAAAUACACUAAAUGCUGCUACUGUUCCUACGCUGCUGGGAAGUGGAUCUUUCUCAGUUUUGACCUGCGAUAACAAUGGGACGGACAACAAAUACAGGCAUCCCCCAAGUUAUAUGCGCUGGCCUCAUAGAAGAGCAGAUCAAGUGCGUGGGUUAAGUUUAAGAGAAAUUGGUGGUGGGUUUCCCAGGCAUCAUCGUGCACCAUCUGCUCGUGCUGCGUGUUAUGCCAUUGUAAAACCAUCCACAAUUGUGCAGAAGAUGCAGAAUAUUAAAAAUGUCAGAGGACAUCGUAAUGCAGUUUAUUGUGCUAUAUUUGAUCGGUCUGGAAGAUAUGUUAUUACUGGUUCUGAUGAUCGUCUUGUCAAAAUCUGGUCAAUGGAAACUGCCUAUUGCUUGGCUAGCUGCCGUGGACAUGAAGGUGACAUUACUGACCUGGCCGUGAACGUCAACAAUACUUUAGUAGCUUCUGCUUCAAAUGACUGCAUAAUUAGAGUUUGGCGGCUACCUGAUGGGUUACCCAUCUCUGUAUUACGGGCUCAUACUGGAGUAGUUACUGCAAUUGCAUUCAGUCCUAGACCUGGUGCUUCUUAUCAGCUUUUAUCGUCCUCUGAUGAUGGAACUUGUCGAAUCUGGGAUGCUAGGUAUUCCCAGUUUACCCCACGCAUAUAUGUACCAAGACCACCUGAUUCUGCAGCUGGACCUGGUUGCAACGUUACCUCAUCCAGCGUUUCUCAAAAUACCCACCAGAUUUUCUGCUGUGCAUUCAAUUCUAGUGGAACUGUUUUUGUCACUGGUAGCUCGGACAGUCUUGCAAGAGUUUGGAAUGCUUGUAAAUCCAGCACAGAUGAUCCAGAGCAACCUAAUCAUGAAAUAGACGUGUUAGCUGGUCAUGAGAAUGAUGUAAAUUACGUGCAGUUCAGUGGUUGUGCUGUGGCUGCCCGGCUUUUCUCUUCCGAUGCGUCGAAGGAAGAUACUUUGCCAAAAUUCAAAAAUACAUGGUUCAAUCAUGAUAAUAUUGUAACCUGUUCUCGUGAUGGUAGUGCGAUUAUUUGGAUACCUAGAUCCCGGAGAUCACAUGGAAAGACUGGGCGGUGGAUACGAGCAUAUCACCUGAAGGUUCCACCACCUCCAAUGCCACCUCAACCCCCCCGGGGAGGUCCACGCCAGAGAAUUCUUCCUACGCCCCGUGGUGUAAAUAUGAUUGCGUGGAGUCUGGACAAUCGUUUUGUUCUUGCAGCUAUCAUGGAUUGCAGAAUAUGUGUAUGGAAUGCUGUUGACGGUAGCUUAGUUCAUUCCCUGACUGGUCAUACUCAAUCUACUUACGUGCUUGAUGUGCAUCCUUUCAAUCCUCGAAUAGCAAUGAGUGCAGGAUAUGAUGGGAAAACUAUAGUGUGGGAUAUAUGGGAAGGUACUCCAAUUCGGACAUAUGAAAUCGGCCCAUUCAAGCUGGUCGAUGGGAAGUUCUCACCGGAUGGCACAUCCAUUAUUCUUUCUGAUGACGUUGGCCAGUUAUAUAUAUUGAGUACUGGACAAGGUGAAUCCCAGAGAGAUGCUAAAUAUGAUCAGUUCUUCUUGGGGGACUAUCGCCCUCUUAUUCAAGAUACACAUGGAAAUGUCCUUGAUCAGGAAACACAACUUGCACCUUAUAGGAGGAAUAUGCAAGAUCUUCUCUGUGAUUCUGGAAUGAUUCCAUAUCCAGAACCUUAUCAGAGUAUGUAUCAGCAAAGGCGGCUUGGAGCUCUUGGGAUUGAGUGGCGCCCAUCAUCUCUAAGAUUUGCCAUCGGAGUGGAUUUCAGUCUGGAUCCGGAUUAUCAAAUGCUUCCUAUACUGGACUUGGAUACUUUAAUUGAUCCGUUACCUGAGUAUGUUGAUGCAAUGGACUGGGAACCGGAAAUUGAGAUUCACAGUGAUGAUAAUGAUACAGAGUAUCAAAUAAUGGAGGAUUACUCGUCCGGAGGUGAGCAGCUGAGUUUAAAUUCCGAUUCUGAUGAGCCAGAAUGCACUUCUGGCAACAGCGAGGAUGAUGAGUCACUCAGAGAUGGGCUUCGAAGAUCAAAGAGGAAAAAUCAAAAGAUGGAGAUCAUGACAUCUUCUGGUAGGCGUGUAAAGAGGAGAAACUUGGACAAUGAAUGUGAUGAUAGUUUAACAAAAAAAGCCCGCACUAAAAAAUCACGAGCUGGCAGAAAAAGCUUGAGCAAGAAUUCCUCGUCAAAGUCUAGGCCUCAGAGGGCGGCCGCCAGAAAUGCGCUCCACCUGUUCUCCCGGAUCACUGGAACAUCGACAGAUGGUGAUAAGAUUGGCUCAAAUCGUGACUCGUCUGAAAUCAGUGGGUCCACUCAGCAGGACUCGAGCUUCGGAAGUGAAGAGGAAUCCGAUGUAUCUUUGCCAACAGAAUGGUAUGAAAAUUCGAAGGGAAAAGAAAUAGCCUUGGAUCAACCGGAGGCUUUCGAUCAUCCUCAUCCUAAUGCCGUGGGCAAGAAGAGAUUAAUUCUAAAAUUGCCUAACCGGGAAUCUAGCAAACAUCUCGCUCUAAAUGAAAAGCAAUCUGCUGAGGCAGGCUCGUCAUCUGGAGUUCCUCAGAAAACCGAUGAUAUUAGUGAAACUUGUUUAGAUGAGGGUGUACAUGGUGAUCGUCAUUUAGACCUUCUUGGAGGGCGCAAAGAUGGUUCUAUUACGUGGGGUGGGGUUAAGGUCCGCUCCUCUAAGAGGUUGAGAAUUGGUGAAUCACAAGUAGAAAAUAUCACAAAUGGUCAUUCAUCUUUUGCAAAGGAGCAAGAGACUGAUAGUGCAGGUUCGGGUUUUGAAAAUCAGGAAGGGAAUUUAGAAGAAACUAUUUGUGAGAAAGAGAAAUCUUGUGGGACCGGUGAGCAUGAAAAUUUGGAAGAAGCCAAAAUUGUUGAGUUUGAUGGAGUUAAGGGUGAGGAUUGGUCGUCAAGCCAGUUUCGUGAUGUUUGCAAUGGUACAACAUCAACUAUUGUCCUCUCAGGUGUUGCUGAAGACCAAUUGAAAUCAAAAGAGAACGGUGGUCAAACCCCGAUAAAGUUACGAAUAAGAUCUUGCACUCUAUCAAGGGAUCACAGUAGCCCCAGAAAAACUACAGAGGACAGUUCACUCAAAGGUAUUGAAAUACGUGAAAACCACAUUGCUGAAGAGAAUAUAGGUUCAGAAAGCAAAGAUCUGUGUGUGCUCCAGGAUCCAAUUGGUCUUGUUAAUGGAGACUCAUCGAGACCCGAUUUGAACAGAAGGAUGUUCACGGCUGUUUAUAGAAGGCUAAGGCCUUCAAAAAAUAGAAGUAAUACAGAAGAAGGUGAUGGUGGUGUGGAAACCAGCACCUCGAAUAUUGGAAAACGUACUUUGGAUGCAGAAAUCGAGGUUGCCCCAGAAGGUGUUCGUAGAGCCAGGUCUAUUCGGUUCCGGUCGAGUACUCGUGAUCCAAACACAUCACUAAGAAAUUUCAAAUUUCACGAGACACAUGAUAAUUUGGAGGAUAAUUCGAUUGAUAAUGAUACGGCUUCACCCAGUGGAGGUGAAGAGGUGGCCCGUGAAGAGUGGGGAUCCUUAUCCAGAAAUUCUGUUCCAUUAAGAUCCACUAGGAGCAAAAAGGGUAGUCGUUACACUCGAGAUGAUAGUCCUCCGAGGAAAGUAAAUCAAACUGGGAAAUGUUCGUGGUUGAUGUUAACUAUGCACGAGGAAGGGUCCCGAUAUAUACCUCAAAGAGGGGAUGAAGUUGUUUAUUUUCGACAGGGCCAUCAAGAGUACAUCAGUCACAUGAACUCAAGGAUCUCAGGCCCUUGGGAGACCUUCAAGCGCAACAUUCGGGCCGUCGAAAUUUGUAGGGUCGAAGACCUGGAAUACUCGGCCCAUUCCGGGUCAGGCGAAAGCUGCUGUAAAAUGACCCUUAAAUUCACAGAUACAUCUUCUGACGUAUUUGGCAAAUCUUUCAAAUUAACUCUACCCGAGGUGACAGGCUUUCCAGAUUUUCUUGUCGAGAAAAGCAGGUAUGAUGCAUCAAUAGCCAGGAACUGGACUUCACGGGACAAGUGUCAGGUUUGGUGGAAGAACGAAGGUGAGGAGGACGGGAGCUGGUGGGAUGGCCGUAUUCUGAAUGUGAAACCCAAAUCUCAUGAAUUUCCGGACAGCCCUUGGGAAAGGUAUGUGGUCAAGUACAAAAGUGAUCCUACCGAGACACAUCACCAUAGUCCCUGGGAGCUUUAUGAUACGGACUUUCACUGGGAGCAGCCGCAUAUUGAUGAUAAUGUGAGGGAUAGGCUUAUUCAUGCUAUUACCAAGUUGCAGAAGUCAGGACAGAAAGCCCAGGAUUAUUAUGGGGUUAACAAAUUGAAACAAGUCUCUCAGAGGAUAAACUUCAUCAACAGGUUUCCUGUUCCAUUGUCUCUCCAAGUUAUCCUGUACAGGUUGGAGAAUAAUUACUACAGAAGUAUGGAUGCCAUGAAGCACGAUGUGGAGGUCAUGCUCGAGAAUGCGGAGUCGUAUUUUGGGAAAAAUGCUGAGCUUUCGACAAAAAUGAAUCGGUUGUCCGACUGGUUCAGAAAGACACUAUCGUCGUUGUAG